UUCUGGAGUUGUGGACUGAAUUAUGAAUAAAUUCAGACAGGAAUACGCUGAAUACGGUGAGUUUGUUUAGCCUGUUUAUGUUCUAAUUGAGCUUCGGGUGUAGCCAGGAUAUACAAACAACCUCAUUAAUAUUCCGAACACAACUUCCGGUUAUAUAUUUUUAUCCGUUCGUUAUUUGAGUGCAACCCAAACAUAGAUUUUCCAGCAGGAGUCGAAAAUGUUGGAACCUCAACUUCAGCAUCUAGGUUGUGAGUGAUGGAGAGAGGUGGAACAGUGCUUGCUUCGAUAAACUCCAACCUUCCAGACAAAUGGGAGGCAAAACUUAACACCACUGGCAGACUCUAUUACCUCAACCACCAAACUCGAAGUAGUUCAUGGUUGCCACCAGUUGAUAAUUGGGAAGGUGGAGGAAAGGCACUUCCUUAUGGAUGGGAGCUUGCCAUCGACAAACAUGGCAAGACAUACUUUCUAAAUCAUCUUGAAGAGUACAGUAGCAAAAAUGACCCAAGAGAGGAUGACGAUUAUAUUGAACCACCGACUCCAAGAGAAAUCUCACUCAAACGCCAUGCAACCUUGGGGUUUGGUUUCGUGGCAGGCAGCGAGAAACCAGUAAUUGUGAGGUUUGUGACAGAGGGUGGCCCUAGCGAGGACAAACUAUUGCCAGGUGACCAGAUCAUUAAGAUCAAUGGAGAGGAGGUGAAGAAAGCACCACGUGAAUAUGUCAUCGAUCUUGUCAGGUCAUGUAAGGAGACGAUAGAUCUAACAGUUUGUCAACCAUAUGUUGAUAAUUCCCAGCGUAAAUCAGCUCUACUAACUGCAGCCAAAAAGGCGAAACUACAGAAAAACCCAUCGCGUGUGAGAUUUGCUGAAAAUGUAGCAGUUACCACGGCAACGAGUCCAUCAACUCAUGAAAGUUACAUCCCAUUUAUGCCAAAUGUCUUGAAGGUGUUCUUGGAGAAUGGGCAAACAAAGUCUUUCAAAUAUGAUAAACAAACUACAGUAAAGGAUGUUCUGAACUCCCUACAAGAGAAACUUGGACUUCGCUGUAUGCAAUAUUUCUCACUGGUGCUGCAGAACACAAAAUCAGUGUCCCACAAUAAGUUUGCGUUCUUGCAGAAUGAUGACUGCAUUGCAGAUAUUGCUUGUAGGCCAGGUUCCCAAUUCUUCAAGUGUUUGCUCAGAGUCUGUUUUGUACCAAGGGAUGCCUAUGACCUUCUAAGGAAAGAUGCCACUGCCUUUGAGUAUUUUUAUAUGCAGUGUUGUAAUGACAUUGUGGAGGAAAGGUUUAGCGGGGAGGUGAAAUUUGACAUGGCCCUACGUCUGGCAGCCCUCCAUAUGCAGGAACAUGCCCUCAACAACCACAUGGCUGGAAAGAUUCUAGUCAAAAAUAUAGAGAAGGAGUUUGGAUACAGUAAGUUUGUACCUCGUUCCCUGAUGGAGCACAUGAAAAUACGUGAACUGCGUAAAAUGCUGAAUCACUACCUUAAGGCCAGUCAGUGUUUGACAGCCCCUGGCCAAAAACAUUUAACAUCAUUACAAGCCAAGCUUCAUUACCUUAAGAUCAUCAGUGAGCUGAAGUCGUUUGGUGCUAAAUGCUUCAUGGCAACGUUGGUGCAAAAGAAAACUGAAGCCAUGAUAUUUGUUGGGCCAAAGAAGGGCAUUGCUGAAGUUACCCAUAUAAAAAACAAUACAUUGGUGACCUUAGCCGAGUUCCAAGAUCUCGCAUGUAUGAUGGUGGUGCGGGAAAAUGACACAAUGCAACGUGUGGAUAUUAAACGAGUCAACCCUGAUGCUCAGAUUGUGAGUUUGUCUAUGUUGAAUGAUGACGUACAUGACUUUGUUGCCAUGGUAGAGGGCUACUACAUGGUGUAUGGAGAGCCUGGACGCACCCUCAUACGAGGAGAACAGCCUCUUGAUACAGAACAUACAGAUGUACCAUUCUACAGUGGAGAGCAUUAUGUGGAACCAGCUGCAUGGAGUUACCCCACAGAUCUAGUGUCUGAGACCCUCACUGUCUGCCCCCACCCAGGGACACGUCAUGCUGACUUUUCUACAGGUCCCCCUAGCUAUGUUAAUCCUGAUUCUAAUCAAAACGGAGAUGAAUCAUGUGAUGAUCAUGUGGUUGAUCAUGUGAUUAAAAAAGAUGCAGACGACACUCUUGAAGAUGACCUGUCAAACACCCCGAAACUGCCGUCACCUGAAGAUGAAGAUUAUACAUUGUUUAAUGCUAAUGCGCGUAAACCCUCAGACAGUGAUGAUUACGAGGCACUGAUUUCCAAUAUAGACAAAACUGACUCGGAUAAUGAUGAUGCUAGCGUAGCAAGUGAUAGCUUUUCUACCUUUCGUAAUCCGGAUAAAGAAUCACCGCUUAGUCCUCAUUUGAUCAAACGUCACAAAGAUUCAGUCAAAUUGUAUCACCAUAGUGGAAGACCUUCUAUUGAUUUUGUAAAUGCUGCAUUCAAAGAACAUGAUGACGUCACUGAAGAAGCACCCGAGGAGCCCUCAGAAAGACCCCUUGAGACAUCAGAUGAGGAAUGUGAGGCUAGCGAGCAAAGUCAGCCAUUGUUGCAAUCCCAGGAUUCUUUGGCGAUGCUAGUGCCACCUGGUGAAGACGAGAAGGCCAGUGGUCCCAUAAUGCAACACCAUCCAGAGCGUCCCCGUUCAGUUGGCAUAGCAAGCAGAGACACAUUGAGAAAGGAAGACUUGCAGAACAGCUUUGGUCUACAUAGUCCAGAUCCUGAUAUCUUCCCAGUGAACAAGUUCCAUCCAACGUACAAUCCAAAAAUAUUUGGAGAUAGGGGCCUGUAUUUGGAUCCUGAUAUCAUAGAUCUUACUAUGAUUCCUCCACCAAAGACUCCAGAAUGCGAGCAUCUCAUUGAUUUCUCGAGUGUUGUCACAGAGGCGCCCCCUGGAUUCUCAGAUGGAGGUAAUAGGUCGUCACAAGGGGUCCCGUCACAGUCACAUGUUGUUCAUAUGUCACUUAUAGACAUUCCAGCACCUGAAGAUGAAGUAGAUCUUCCGCCACCGAUACAAUCGUUUGAUACACAUUUCACCGCAAGUGAAGACCAUGACUCAGAGAGUGAUUCUGGGAAUGAGACCAUAUCUUCCGAGUUAAUUGAACUUUUGACAUCAAGUAUGAGUGAAUAUGCCAAUAAUGCGCAACUACCCACAACACCUAUAGAUGCGGCUAACAUAGAGGCCAUCAUAGCAACAUUAACAGUACCACCUCCCCCCAUUGAAAUUGAUGAUGUCACAGAGACUUGUAUGACAUCACAUGAUGAUGACAUCACAGAGAAAGGUGUGACACCAUAUAACCUAAAAACAGUAUCUGUGACACAGCAGUUGUUCUUACUCGAUGGUGCGACGGAAACAGAAAGCUCUGAUCAGCUGUCCCCGAAGAUGAUCUCAAAUGACUCACCAUCAUCUCAGGAGAACACCUCCCAGCCACAGAUGCCUAACCCCCAAGCCCUUUCUAGUCACCCUCAAUCCACUGAGACAUUCACGCCACCGCCCCCACAAUUAGAUGACAGUGUGCUGACUCUUACGCCCCCUAGUGUUGAAGCAGAGUAUGACGCAUUGUUAGAAUCUCACCUGAAUGCGGAUUGGAUUCAAAAUGGCUGCAACGUAGAUCCAGAAAUUGAUGGAUUUGUUAUUCCUCCACCACCCGACUCUGUCGACAAUGACAUUGAUAUACAGAUUGUUCCUCCAGUGUUUCAGGAUGCUUUGUAUAAUGAACAUAUAAUACCUGAUAUGUACAAGGUUAUGAACAAUAAAGCAUUCCCGGGAGGUACUGAAAAACGUUCAUCUUCCAAUCAGGGUAAUCCAUUUUUGUCAACCAAUGGGGAUUCUUCAAAAAAGAAAGGACCUCCAGUAUUACCAAAAAGCUCUAAAGUGACACAAAUGUUACGACGUUCCUCAGAGGACAGCACAUCAACAAUAGGUGGCAGCAGUAGUACACCUACGUCCUCAACAGAAGGAAGUGUGUCACUUCAAUCCAGUAGCUCAACAUUAGCGAGUCAACACUCUUUACCUGUGGGCCAAUCCUCGGGGAAACCCCCACCCCCUGCCAGGAGUCUUUCACUGCCAUCCUCACCCUUAAAAAGCAAGAGGAUGCCUCCAACCCCACCCCCAAGGCGGUCCAGCGUCACAAACGUAACAGCUCAUAAAGUGUCCCCAUCUAUAUUAACCCGCAUGAAUAAUUUCACCCAGCCCGUUAGUCCUAUUAUAAACAGGCAUAUCACGUCAUCAGAGGAUUCAAGCGUGGAUGGGGAAUCCGACACAGGAAGUUUCACACUGCCCUCUAUUGACUCGUAUCCUCACUCACAAAAUGGCAUUCUACCUCAUCACAAUGGUGACGUGAAAAUCCAUGACGAUAGAAUGCUAAAUGCAAAAAGCGAUGUGCAAGAAACUGCAAAUGGAAUAAAAAAUGCAAACACUGAAGUGCAAAGUGCUAAAAAUGGAAUAAGCUAUGAUAAUGAAAAACCUACAGGAGAAAUACAUACAGCAGAAAAUGAUCAACAUUCCAGCAUACACCAGAAGUACCCUCGAGCAUCCAAUCAUCAAGGUUUGACCAAUCGAAUCACUGGAAACAAUAACCGAGGACCAAUCGAAAACAAUGUAAAUCAAAUUAGGUCAAAUGUUAACAAAACCCCAGCUUCAGUAGAGAAUGACAAAAUUCCUUCAAAAUAUUUUUUAAUCAAAGAUGUUGAAGUGAUUCCUCUUGAGAAGCCAAAGGAAAGUACAGACUCUAAAAUGCAGAAUCAAACGGCAAGGACUCCAGGGACGCAAAGUAGUGUGACAUUAUGUGAUACUAUGACAUCACAACAUGAUGAGACCUCACAUAAAUAUGGGUCAAAUAAAUAUCUCAGUUCAGAACUCAGCUCAGAUUCUCAAAAACACAACUUGGAUAAUUCAUCGCAAUUUACAUCUGAUGUAUCCAAAAACACCCAUGUAUCCAAAAACAUCUCCAAUUUAUCAAAAAACACCUCUGAUACAUCAAAGAACACUUCU